AUUGAGCAGUUGGCCAAAAAAUUGGGUCAAAAGAGUCUCUCAAAUUGCGAGAGUUUAGUGAUUUCCUCAUUUCAUGUAAAAAUGCUAUGCCCCAUGUACAAGGCCUUAAGGUAUUAGAUGAUUGUGAGGAAAAUCAAAAAAUACUUCUCAAGCUACCAGACUGGGCAACAACACGUUGGAAUAGAUAUGUAACAAAAAGACUAGAUGAAAAAAAAGAAUAUCCAAGUUUUGUAGAAUUUGCUGAGUUUGUGGCUGAAGAAGCACGCAUAGCAUGCAAUCCCGUUUCGUCCCUGUUUGCAUUGCGAACAUUCGACAAACCAGACAAAGAACAGAAGCGUAUAAAGGCAAGUGUUCUAACUACUACGACAAAAGCGGUCAAAAGUACGAAGACUACAAGCACAGCUCAGCGUAACGAAGAACCCAGUGUUAUCCCUUCUACUGGACUAAACAAACGAAAAUUUGAAUGCAUCUGCUGUAAGCAAAGCCACUUUAUCUACAAGUGUGAAAAAUUUGCUGAAAUGUCUCUUGCGGAAAGGAAAAGGUUCGUCAUUGAGAAUAAUAUGUGCUUUAGUUGCCUAAGAGUUGGUCACAUUGCCAAAAAUUGUCGUCAAAAGGCUUCCUGUAAUAUUUGUCGAAAAAAUCAUCCUACUCCACUUCAUGAAGAUCGUCAACAAGUGGACAAACCUGAAAGGCCACCAGAAGAAGAAAAUGUUUCUGCAGUGUCAAAUAAUGUAAAAAUUGACAAUAUUGACCGUACGUCAAUGAUUGUUCCCGUAUGGUUAUCUGGCGCAAGUAAUAAUGGACACGAGAUCUUGGUUUAUGCACUGCUAGAUACACAAAGUAGCAAUACCUUCAUUGUCCAAGAUAUUUGUGAAAAAAUCCAAGCAGUUACAGAGCCAGUUAAGCUGAAAUUGACAACAAUGACAGAUAGGGGAUCAGUUGUACAGAGUCAAAGAGUGGAUGGGCUGAAAGUAAGAGGUUACUUUUCACAAGAAUACAUUGACUUACCAACCACAUAUACUCGAGAUUACAUGCCCCUUGAACAAAACAGUAUUCCGACUCGUGAAACAACAAAACUGUGGGCACAUCUUCAGAAUAUCUCAAAAGAAAUGCCAGAAUUGUUAGAUUGUCCUGCAGCACUUCUAAUUGGAUACGAUUGUGCAAGAGCUCUUAAACCAAGAAAAGUGAUCCCAGGCAAUGAUUAUGAUCCUUAUGCCAUUAAAACAGACUUAGGUUGGAGUAUAGUAGGAUCCAUUAAGCCUUGGACAAGUUCAGUGGAGGUGACCGGAGCGUGCCAUCGUAUUUCUGUUAAAGAACUGCCGUUCAUCACUCCCUCCUCUAUGAUUAGAGCAUUGGAGAAAGAUUUUCUGGACACAAAUCCUAAAGAAGGAACUAUAUCACAAGAGGACAUUCAGUUUUUGCAGAUCCUGAAUGGAAAAAUAAACGUCAAUGAGGAAGGUCAUUUGGAAAUGCCAUUACCUUUCAGAGAACGUCCACAGCUUCCAAAUAACAAACAGCUUGCAAUAAAGCGACUGAAUCAUUUGAAAGCAAAAAUGGGAAGAAAUGCUAAAUACAAAGAAGACUAUACAAGAUUCAUGAAAGGUGUCUUUGAAGAUGGUGAUGCAGAAGAAGCAGUAGACAUACCUGCAGAUGGUGUCACAUGGUAUAUACCUCACCAUGGGGUAUAUCACCCCCGAAAGCCAGAGAAGAUAAGAGUCGUCUUCGACUGCUCUGCUAAAUGUCAGAAUACGUCUUUAAAUGACCAUCUUCUCACAGGCCCUGACUUAAUUAAUGCACUUAUAGGAGUACUCUGCAGAUUUAGAGAACAUCAAGUUGCCAUCACAUGUGAUGUAGAGAAAAUGUUCCAUCGCUUUCAUGUUUCUCCAGAAGACAGAGACUUCUUAAGGUUCCUUUGGUGGCAGGAUGGGAACACUAGUGCAGAGCCCAAAGAAUAUCGCAUGCGUGUUCAUAUUUUUGGAGCAGCAUCUUCGCCAGGAUGUGCAAACUACGGCAUCAAGUAUCUUGCUCAUCAAUUUGAAAAUGAAUAUCCCUUGGCAGCAAAUUUCAUUCUCAAAAACUUUUACGUGGAUGAUGGGCUGAUCAGUGUUGAUACAAUCCAAACAGCAAAACAGUUAGUCUGUCAAGCACGAGAAGUUUGCGCAAAAGGAAAAUUGCGUUUGCACAAAUUUGUUUGCAACAAAAGAGAAGUCUUAGAGGUACUCCCAGAGUCAGAACAUGCUAACAACAGCAAAGAUGUCAGUCUGAACUAUUCCGACAUUCCAAUGCAAAGUGUGCUCGGAGUCAAAUGGGACGUAGAAGCAGACUCGCUCACGUUCAAUGUCGCUUUCAAGGAAAAGCCAGCCACUCGCAGAGGAAUCCUGGCAACAGUUGCAAGUGUUUAUGAUCCACUAGGAUUUCUCUCUCCAUAUAUUCUGACAGGAAAACAAAUUCUUCAGGAAAUGUGCAAGCGUGGCAUAGGAUGGGAUGACCCAAUUCCCCUCGCUUUGGAGACUCAAUGGAAAACAUGGCUAGAUGAUCUGAAAAAUUUGCCCAAAAUUCAAAUACAAAGAUGCUUCAUUCCUGAUAACAUUGGCUCAUUGCAAAGAAUCGAGAUGCAUCAUUUCUCGGAUGCAAGCAGCAGUGGCUAUGGACAGUGCUCAUACAUAAGGAUCAUAGGAGAAAAUAAAGUACACUGUGCUCUCGUCAUGGCAAAAGCCAGAGUAGCCCCAACGAGAGUAGUCACUAUACCGCGUCUUGAGCUCACUGCGGCUGCUGUUUCUGCAGGAGUAAGCAACUUUCUUAGAGAAGAGCUCGAGCUAAAGAUUGAUGAAGAAUUUUUCUGGACUGAUUCUCAAGUGGUGCUCGGGUACAUUAAGAACGAAGCAAGACGCUUUCAUAUUUUUGUCGCAAACAGAGUACAAAAGAUCAGAGACUUGACAGAUCCAAAACAAUGGUUCCACAUAGAAACUGAUCAAAAUCCAGCAGAUCACGCUUCUAGGGGUCUCAAGGUGGCAGAGAUCAUUGACUCAAGUUGGUUAACUGGACCUAGAUUUCUGUGGGAAAGACAACUUGUCACAAAACCACAUUCUCCAUCACUUUUAAUUGGGGAUCCUGAAGUGAAAGUCCUUAAAACUAGUGUUCUUGAGACAGAUCGUUUUCUUGAGAGAUUCUCCAGAAUUUCAGAUUGGAACAUGGCAGUCAAUGUUGUCGCAAGAAUAAAGACACUUGUUAAAAAAGACAAAUCAGAGCUUAUUAGUGUUGAGGAGAGGCAAGCAGCUUCUCUAGCACUGAUUCGUGCAGCACAGAAACAUGCAUUUGAAAAGGAGUUGGAGCAGUUGAGUCAAAAGUCCAACAAAUUGCCCAAAAGUCACAAAUUGCACCAACUUGAUCCUUUCGUUGAUAAUGACCUGCUUAGAGUCGGAGGAAGGUUGAGAAAAUCCUCAGCAUCAUUUGAACUGAGACAUCCUGUGAUUCUUCCUAAAGAUGGAAUUGUCACAAAACUGAUUCUUGAUCAUUGCCACAAGAAAACACAACACCAAGGUCGUGGCCAAACACUGAACGCACUUCGAAGCAAUGGCUAUUGGAUCUCAAGUGCCAGUAAAGUAGUGGCCAAUUACAUAAAAAACUGUGUCAUUUGCAAAAGGGUGCGAGGGUCAACAGAGGAACAACGAAUGGCUGACUUGCCAACUGAUAGAGUAGAUCCCUCACCCCCCUUCACUUACACAGGACUAGAUUGUUUUGGUCCUUUUUUCACAAAACAAGGCAGAAAAGAAUGCAAACGUUAUGGACUCUUGUUUACGUGUCUAAGCUCGAGAGCCAUUCACAUCGAGAUGUUAGAAGAUCUCUCUACUGAUUCGUUUAUAAAUGGUUUGAGAUGUUUUAUAGCGAUCAGAGGGGCAGUCAGAAAGAUCAGAUCAGAUCAAGGUACAAAUUUUGUCGGAGCUCGUAAUGAGUUUGAAAAGGGUCUCUCAGAACUUGACAAAGACAGAAUUGCUACAUAUUUAGCUAAAAACCAAUGUGACUUUCAAAUGAAUGUUCCUGAAGCAAGUCACCGAGGUGGUGUUUGGGAACGCCAAAUCAGGACUGUUAGAAAUGUUUUGAGUUCAGUCUUGGCACAAGUCACAGGAAGACUUGAUGACACCUCACUGAGAACUUUCUUUUAUGAGGCUAUGUCAAUUGUAAACAAUCGACCACUCACCACGAACACUAUCAAUGAUCCAAAGAGUGCAGAACCUUUGACGCCUAAUCACUUACUCACAAUGAAAGAGUCUAUGCCACUUCCACCUCCAGGCAAUUUUAUCAGAGAAGAUUUGUAUGCUCGAAAGAGAUGGCGAAAAAUUCAGUAUUUGUCUGAACAAUUUUGGCAUAGAUGGCGCAAAGAGUACUUAACCAGUAUAAGCUUAAGACAACAGUGGCAUACAUCCAAAAGAAAUGUAAAAGUCGGAGAUGUAGUGCUAAUUAAGGAAGAGAACCUUCCUAGGAAUGAAUGGAAGCUAGCAAAGGUGGUUGAAGCCAACAAAGAUGAUGAUGGUCUAGUGCGAAAUGUCAAGGUUCAAGUGGGACAAAGGGAUUUAGGAAUCAAAGGUGAACGUAUAAAACAGUUGUCCUACCUAGAGCGAUCGGUUCAAAAAUUAGUAGUAUUAGUACAAAAUGAUUGAGUUCAAAAAAAAAAAAAAAAAAAAAAAGGUACGUUUCUAAUGUUUUGUUAGGAAAAUUACAAUGUUGUAUAUUGUGUGAAUAUAAAACCUGUUGUAAUUUUGGUGGCAGUGUAGCUGUCGCAAUACAAGGAGUUGGAAUUUAUUGAGUGUUUUGCAUCCACAUUGUUUUUGUUUUCUACCUGUGUCGCAAUACUGCCAUCUUAUGGUGAAAUAUGUUAAUGUGAAUACAUAAAGUUCACGCGUUGUUUUGCGUGUACCGCGAGAAGAGAGAAAGAGCGCGAACUCACGGACAGAAAGAAAAGAAAAGAUGGAGGACGCUAACGAGAGAAUACAGACUCACGAAGAAAUUUAACAGCUCUCUUAUGUUUGGACAGAAGGCGCACACGUUUUUCACGGUGUUGCUCGCACAGCAAAAGGAGGAAAUAAAGUCUGGCGAAAUACAUCAGUCGAUUCGUGGCCAUUUUCUGUUCCACUCAAAUAGUUUGAGAGCCGUUAC